GACUCGCAUCAUGGCCAACCAGCGGGAAGAAAGAUUCACCUAUGAGGAUUACAAGCGGACAGCAGAUUGGCUCCUGAGUAAAACCAAGCAACGGCCCCGAGUGGCUAUCAUCUGUGGCUCAGGACUUGGGGGGCUGGCUGACCUCCUAAAGGACCAAGUUGUGUUUGAAUAUGCUAAGAUACCCAACUUUCCCCAAAGCACAGUUAUAGGCCACGCUGGGAAGCUGGUGUUUGGGAAUUUGAGUGGGACGCCGACGGUGGUGAUGCAAGGUCGAUUCCAUAUGUACGAAGGCUACCCACUGUGGAAGGUGACCUUUCCAGUUCGGAUCUUCCAUCUGAUUGGCGUUGAAACCCUCAUUGUCACCAAUGCAGCUGGGGGGCUCAAUCCUGCUUUCAAAGUCGGGGACAUCAUGGUGAUCCGGGACCACGUCAACAUGCCUGGAUUUUCCGGGCAAAACCCUUUGAUGGGACCGAACGAUGAGAGGUUCGGUGUCCGCUUUCCAGCCAUGUCGGAUGCCUACAAUGAAGACUUGAGAAAACUGGCUGUUACGGUGGCUACUGAAAUUGGCUGUUCUGGCUCCAUGAGGGAGGGGGUCUACUGCGCCCUGGGAGGCCCCAACUACGAGACCAUCGCCGAGUGCCGUUUGCUGCAGAGGCUGGGGGUCGAUGCCGUCGGCAUGAGCACGGUCCCUGAGGUCAUUGUGGCCCGUCACUGCGGCCUCCGGGUUUUUGGCUUCUCCCUCAUCACCAACAAAGCCGUUCUGGACUAUGACACCAAAGAGAAGGCCAACCAUGAAGAAGUCUUGGAAGCCAGCCGCCAGAGCGCCCGCACCCUUGAGAAGCUGGUCUCCAUGAUGGUGCAGCGCAUCGAAGGCAACAACAACCUAGCCUAGGGGCCAUCCAGCUCACGAUCCUCCAUGUGACUUUGGGCAAGGAGAGAAUAUGCUUCUUAUUAAAUCCUGCUGCUAAGAUUCCCGCUCUUGGGUGCGAUGCAGACAUUUUGGUCUGGAAAGUUGCCAAGAGUGGAAGUAGCAUCCUUUUAAUCCUGCCUACUGUCCGCCUCUGACCAAGAAGCCCUUUUUUUGUCUGCCUGUUUUUGUCCUUCCUGCCUGUUUUUGUCCUUCGGUGUGUUGCUUCUGCAUGUUGGUAGUUCCUGUCCCAUUU